AUGCCAAAAUCACCAAAAACAUCCUCGGCAAAGUCUUCAAGGUCUUCCAAAUCCCUCAAAUCCCCCAAAACUUCAAAAACCUCAAAAAAGAAGGAAGAAAAUAAUGACGUGAUUUUUAUCGAUCCUCAAAAAGAAAAUGAACAGAAAAACGAGCAGAAGAAACCAAAACAGCCAAACUUGACGAGCUUCUUCAAACCUCUCGAAAAACCGGCUCCGCCGCCAACUCUGCCCCAAUGCAUGCCUGACACUUCACGGUUUACGUCUCUUUUUCAGCUGAAACAAGGAAUGACUAUUGCGCCGAUUCUGGCUAGGAAGCCUUUAUCAACUGAAGAACGAGAAAAUUUGCUCAAAGUUUAUUGCGAGUUUCCCGAUUAUUUGUCUCAAUGUAAAAAUAAACGUGUUAAAACUCCAGCACGAGUCACCAACAAAUUGAAGGCAAAAUAUUACCAUUUUCAUGAUAAUUAUCGUCCUGCUUACUAUGGCACUUGGCGUCGCAGAAGUAAAGCAAUUACUGGACGAAGGCCUUUUUCUAAAGGUGAAAAGGUUUGGGAAUUUUUUGAAACGUUUUUACAUUUGUGGUACUUUCGGCUUUUUGUCCGCCAAAAAUUUUUGAAAAAAUUAAAGUCUCAUUUUGCUAAUUUUUGCGUCAUUUGA